AUGGUUAGAGCAGUCUCAGCUUUCGCUCUCUUCGCAGCGACCGCGCUUGCGGCCAACCGUAGCACGGCGCCGUCGGGGUCGAUUGUCGUGGCCAAAUCUGGAGGAGACUAUGAAUCGAUUAGCGAUGCAGUGGCGGCCCUGAGCACCACCACCACCUCGAGCCAGACCAUUUUCAUCAAGGAGGGUGUUUACAAUGAGCAGGUGUACAUCCCUGCAUUGAAGGGAAAGUUGAUUGUCUAUGGUGAAACCGAGGACACUACCACCUACGAUAGCAACCUCGUUACGGUCACCCACGCCAUCUCGUACGAGGAGUCUGGCGAAAACGACGACUUGACUGCCACGUUCCGCAACAAGGCUGUUGGCUCCCAGAUCUACAACCUGAAUAUUGCCAACACCUGUGGUGCCAGCUGCCACCAGGCUCUGGCCCUGAGUGCAUGGGCUGAUCAGCAGGGCUACUAUGCCUGCAACUUUACGGGUUACCAGGAUACUCUCUUGGCUCAAACCGGUAAUCAAGUUUACGCCAAGUCUUAUAUCGAGGGCGCUGUCGACUUUAUCUUUGGCCAGCACGCUCGUGCCUGGUUCCAGGAAUGUGACAUUCGUGUUGUUGAGGGUCCUACCUCCGCUUCGAUUACCGCCAAUGGCCGAAGCUCCGACACUGAUACAUCUUACUACGUGAUCAACCACUCAACUGUUGACGCCAAGGAUGGCGAUAACGUUGCAAAGGGGACUUACUACCUUGGACGCCCUUGGUCCGAGUAUGCUCGUGUUGUCUUCCAGCAGACCAGCAUGACUAACGUGAUCAAUUCUCUCGGCUGGACUACCUGGUCCACUUCCACUCCCAAUACCGAGAACGUCCUGUUCGGCGAGUACGGCAACACCGGUGCUGGAUCCAAGGGGACUCGUGCCAGCUUCGCCACGACUCUGUCUGCCAAGCUCACCAUUGCUGAGAUUCUGGGCACGGAUUAUAGCUCCUGGGUCGAUGUCUCCUACAUUUAA